AUGGGAUCGGAGGAUUUGCAUUUAUUGAAGUUAAUUUUAGUGAUCAUGUGUAUGUUAAAGGUGUGUUAUGGUCAAAGUGACAUAACUGUGUCUGUUUUUACCGUCACAUCUAAAAGUAUGACGGUUCGCUGGAGCAGGCAGCCUCAAGCUAGUUCCUACAAAUUGACCGCUGCACCAAAAAACUUGCGUGAGCAGCCCGUGUUCACGCAGUUCAGCAGCAGCACUGUAAUGGGCUCUGUGACCUCACUAUUCCCAAAUACGGUGUAUACGAUAUGCGUGGAGGCUAUGGACAGCUCCGGGAUUAUACUCAGCAGCGCAGAGACUGAGGAGACGACGGCACCCGAGGUGCCUUUCAUUGUGCAGGCCUACUCCAAACGCAGUGACAGCAUCAUGGUGGAAUUCGGCGAGGUGUCAGGCGCCACUGCAUACAUUCUGCGGGCAGAGAACAAGGACGGCUUCUUUUUAGAGAGUGUGGUGUAUGGCUCGCCAGGGAUGAUUGUCAACCUGAGGCCCUAUACCAAUUAUACACUAAGUGUCUGUUCAAGGAACAGUGGUGGCCGUAGCCAGCCCUCAAGCCCAGUCCGUGUCAGGACAGUUGUUGUAGCACCAGCACUGCGUUCUGUGUCACCUACUGAGGACAGUAUAGUGGUGAGCUGGGAUCCUGUGGACGAUGCAGUUCAGUAUACACUGUCUGUAUUCAUGGAGGCAUUGAACACCUCGCUCCAAGUCAAUACCUCCCAGACCAAUGUGACAUUCAGCAAUUUAGAUCCAGGGGUUACUUACUGCAUCAAGGCUACAGCCUGGGACCCUACUGGCAUCUCUGGAGAUGACAUCACUAUCUAUCAGAUCACCCGUCCCCCUGUGCCUGUAGGUGUGCAGGUUUCAUUGACCCUGGAGAGAAUCAUGGGACUCGCUGUAUAUUGGGAGGCUGUGCGUGGUGCAAAUGUUUACUAUGCCGUGAGCUCCCUGGGGCAAAAUUGUACCUCCAUGGGAGUUCCAUUCUGCAUCAUUAGCCCUAUAGGAUGUAGUGAGAACCACACACUUAUGGUCAUGGCUGAGAACCAAGCUGGCCUCAGCAGCCCAUCCCUGCCACAGGACCUGCUCACCUUCCCAUGCCCUCCAGACUCAGUGCUUGUAGAUGAACCCUCUGUAGGGAACUGCUCAGUGACCUGGACCAGGGUGCCAUGGAUUCAGUACUACAUGGCAUACAUUAUCAGAGAUGAUGGAGCACUAAUGAAAUGCAACACCACCAGCACCAUUUGCUAUUACAGCUGUGACUGCGGCUACACUUACAAGACCACUGUAGUCGUCUACAAUGAGGCUGGUCCCAGCCCUGAAGGACCAAUUUACAACUACACUACUGUCCCCUGCUGUCCUCAGAAUGUUUACAUCUUUCUUAUUUCAACUGAGACACUGGAGAUCACAUGGUCGGCAGGGCGUGGAGCAGAGCUAUAUGAGACAGUGGCAGCAGAUGAAUCACAGACACUGCAUUGCAGGGACAACAUACCCAUAUGUGCCCUUUCUGGUCUGACCUGCAACAGCCUGUACAGUGUUAGGAUUCGACCAUGCAAUGAGAUACGUGGCUGCAACAACAGCUGCACGGCACAGAUGCAGGAAACAGCCCCGUGUGCUCCUGAGAUCCUGAACCUCACUCAGGUGAGCAGCUCUGCUGUGCAGGUAUUAUGGAGGGCUACCAACAAACAAGCCAACUACACAGUAAAUGCUUUUGGCAAUAGCAAAACUCUUACCUGCUCAUCCACCGGUACUUCUUGUGAUAUCACCAAUCUGCCUUGCGGAACUACUUAUGAGGUCAGCAUGUAUGCCACCACCAUUGUGGGGCGUAGUUUGCCCAGCUAUACCAUCGAACUAGAAACAGGACCCUGCUGUCCCGAGACCCUCAGUGUGGAACAAGAGACACAGUCCAUGACCAGGGUGAUAUGGUCAUCCUCCAAGGGAGGCCAAUCCUACAUCACCUCAUUGUCAUCACCACGUGGCCAUGCGAUGUGCCAUACCACGGAAACACACUGCUUAAUGGGAUGCAUCACAUGUGGGACCAGCUACAACGUCUCAGUGGAGGCUAUAAGCAGUACAGGACACAAGUCCUUAUGCAACUACUAUGGUUUUUCCUCAAGUCCCUGUUGUCCUUCUGGCGUGAGGCUAUACCGGAUGGCCAAUAACACACUUCGUGUGUCCUGGAGAGUUUCAAAUAGUCCCAAUGGGUACUUAGCCGAACUUAAUAGCAACAGUGCCAACUAUACAUGCAGGCCAGUGCUGGGGAUCAGCUCAUGUGACAUGGAUAGUGUUCUAUGUGGUGACAUCUACAGUGUGUUGGUUGCACCACUCACACGUCAAGGAUCCAAGGUCUUAUUCUGCCCCAACAGACUAUACUUUGUUUCCUGUGUUGGCAACAGUCUUGGAUUGGUUACUUAUUAUGGAAAAAGGAGUGUGAAUUAGCAUCUGCCGUUUUAUGGGUCUGACCAUGAUUUGAG